UUUAAAAAAGCUUAAAAGAAAGAACACGAAACAUUGCAAAACAGUCAACUUUAGCCGAUCAUGUCGUGGUCUGCACCACCUGUAAAACCUUCACCUGUGAGUUCACCUGUAAGCAUGGCAAGUUAUACAGGUAGCAGUAAUGCUAGUGGGAGUAGUCGUGAAGGGAGUCCAGCGUAUUCGAAGCUGGAUAAAUCCAAUUAUAUGAAUGUGACGAAUGAUGGAUUGUUUCCUGGUGAAAAUCAUGCUCCAAGUGACAAUAACAACAAUAUGCCUUCUGAUGAUAUGGCAUUGAUGAAUGGUGGCAACCCAGCAAAACAUCGUCUGGCUGCAGGAAUGAUGUAUACAGGUGAUACUAGAUCUCUUCCCAACGGGCUACCCCCUGGAUCUGUUGCAAAAUACAAUAUGACAGAUCAUUCUAAAUCACCAACGACACAACAAUUCCUUGUUGAGCACUUAGCCUCGUUUCCCCAAGAUGCAAACGCUGGUUAUAUGACUCCUACUGAAGCCCUAGCACGCCUAAAGCAAGUAAGCACUGGUGGAGGAUUGUGGGCUCAAAAAAUGAGUAUGAACAUCACUAGUCGUAAACUUAUAAUGGCAAAUGGUGAAACAAUGGACAUCAUCGAAGAAUACCCGUUUGAUCAGAUCAGUUUGUGCAUUACUUGUCUUGAUGAUCCAAUGUUUGAGAAUUUACUCAUAUUCAGCACAAAACUUUCACAGGAUAAAGUCGGAGCUGUCCAUUUGUUUCAAUGCAAAACAAAAGAGGCGACAGUCAUUAGUGAAGUCAUAAACAAACAGCGCGAACUCAAGGCCGCUAAUCUUUCUAAUGGACUCUCAAAUGGUGGUUCCGAGGUUAUGUCGAUAAGCUCAUCAGACAGACGCAGCUCUGGAUCUCAACAAACAAGAACGGAAUAUAACUUACAACAAAGACACGCAGUUGCAAGAGCUGUAGAAGCAUUUCAAACAAACGAAAAUACAGCACCUCAAAAACCGGAACGUCAUUUUGCCACAACAGUGCAAAUGAAUGGGUCUGCUGGAGGGAAUGUAUCCCAAAUUCAAGAUGCUAAAAUCACCAGAGAUGUGCAAAUAUUGAACAAGUGUAUUGAAGAAGUUGAGAACUUUGUUGUCAUGUUAAAACGAAUCAACGAAGCCAGAAAAAUGUUGCAAUCCAAGAAAAAGGGAAGCAAGAAGAAAAAAGUUGAAGAUAUUCUGCAACUUCAGGCUCAGCCUCCACCAGAUCAUAGAAUAUUUGACAUAUAUCAAAAAUUUAAACAUGCGUUAAAUCUACUGGGAAAGUUACAGCCCCAUAUAAAUGAGCCAAAUGCACCUGAACUCGUGCACUAUCUGUUUAUUCCACUUGGAAUUAUUGUUAAAGUAACAGGUAUCGAAAAAGCAAGACCGGUUGUUGAACCACUACUUACUGCGACAUCUGUGGACCUGCUCGAGCAAUGUCUCGAUUCGAAAAAUUAUCAAUUUUGGCAAAGUCUUGGACCAAACUGGACAUUAACAAAAUCAUCGGAUCGAUUCAAAGACAGAUAUUUCAACCUGUACAUACCUAUAUUUAUUGACGGGUGGAUUCCACCUGAGAUUGUAGCCAAUGAGAAACAAGGAGCAGCUGCCAAAUCAACAGCUGUCAUGGUAGCAAGAAUGCAGGGCCGCAAAACAUCCGCACAAGCAGCUUACACCAAAUCCACUGUCAUAUUAGCAGCCAUGAAAUUCAAACAGCUGGGACAGCAAGCUCGUGAGAAAAGACAGAACAUGUCUCGAUCGACCAGCAGCAGUGGCAUUUUGCAAGUAAACACAGCAGAUAUUCAUAACCAUCAUCUCCACCAAAGAAACAACAGUAUAGACAGCAAACCACAAUAUCGAUUGGUUGGUAUUGUGGUCUACGACUACCUGGCACAUAACAACAAAGAACUCACCAUACGUGCAGGAGAGAAAGUGCACAUUCUUGACAAUUCACGAAGAUGGUGGCUAGUUCGUAAUGGUCACGGUGAACAAGGCUACGUACCUUCAACUGUGUUGGAGAUUCCUGCCACAGAUUCUGGUAAUAGUUCGCCGAUUAAUGAUAUCCAUGGUUUCACGCAAACAAAUGGCGGUGUAGUAAUGAAUGGAAACAGUGGCAUGGCUAAUGGUCAUAUUCAUCACCAAACACAAACAUCCUCCGUCCCAUAUUCACCCAAAUUUGACAGCAACCAAAAUUACGUCAACGAUAACUCCCUGACACAACAUCACCAACAGCAACAACAACCGCAACAAACCACCACUCCGGUCAUAAUAUCAGUGCGGUUACCGGACGGAAGUAACGUCCAAUCAAAUAUAGAUGGUACACACAUUAUAGCCACGCCGGCGGGUAUGAACACUUCUACUCAAGCAUUAGGAACUUCUCCUCAAGGAAUGGGUACAUCCACUCAAGGAAUAGGUACGUCCACUCAAGGAAUGGGUACAUCCACUCAAGAAAUGGGCACUUCUGCUCAUAGAAUCGGUACAUCUAAUCAAAGCAUUGGUGUAUAUUCUACUCAAGGAAUAAGCACAAGUGUACAGACAGUUAAUACAAACGGUAUGCAGAACAGCAGUGGAAAAGAGUCUCCUGCAUAUGCGGUCGUCAAAAAGAAGCCAGUUUCUGCUCAAACAUCGAAUGGUUUUAGUAGCAGAAAUUACCAGAAGACAACUGUUGUCACACAGACGCAGACAGCAUCCCAGAACAGGAUGUCACCACCGAAAACCGCAGCGGUGCCUCCUCCACCCGCUCCGCCGCCACCACCCGUACCACCGCCAGUAUCGCCAAAACCGCAGUCAUUUAUUGUGUCGAAAGAAGCUAAUCUUGGAUCUGUUCUAGUUGGAUCUGUUCCUGAACCUAACUCUAACUCCAACUUUAACUACGAACCAAAAGGAGGAGACUUACAAAGCGAACUGAAGAACAGACUGUCUUUAUCACUCAACCCUGUCGAAGUGCAACAGUCGCAAGAGAAAGUUCCAAACAUUGAUGCUGUGGAUGUCUUUAUUCCGUUGUAUAAAAGUUCGACAGCUGAUGACGUCAGCAGAUGGUUGUUUAAACUUGGAUUCAGUGAGAGAUCGAUUGAUAUUUUGAAAGGGAAGACUGCGUUGGACUUGUUUAAGAUCAACAAAGAAGAUAUGAUCGAUUUGUUGGGUAAUGAUGAAGGAAUUCAACUUUACGAAGAGUUACAAGUACAGAACGGUGCUCAAAAUCGUCAUAAAACUCUCACAGAAUUCCAGCGUGCUUUGGUGAGAAGAUUGCAGAAGCGAGAACAGCAACACGAUAUGGCACGGGCGCAUCAUCAGGGUCAAGAUGCUAACUCAACAGCAUCACCCUCGGACAUGUUGAAGGACGAUUUAUCUAAGGUGUUUGAAAAUGAUGGUGCCUCCGCUAUAAGAAAGCAAAAAGAAGAACUUGAACGUUUAAAAAAGAAUGCUAGAGAACCUGCCAAUGCAACGUUCACCUCCUUUUCUUCGAACUCUUCGAUCAAUGUGAGCACACCACAAGGAAAAACAAAGCUGUGAUCAGUAGAUGAAGAUGUACAAAUCUGUAUAUAUCAUACCUCUGAUUGGGCGAAUCAAGAUGAACGAGAAAAAGUGGUUACACACACCAAAUUAAAUCUUAAGACCUCCAUUACCACUUACAGAGUUAAACUACGUAAUUUUACUUGGGAUAUAAAUAUACUUGUAUUUAGUAUUUAUGUAUUUAUUACCCAGCAUACAUUUUGACGAUGCGUUGCCAUGGUUUUCUAACCAAAACAUUACGCAAGCCCGGCAAUGUCUAUAUUGCUGAAACGGCUUAGCAUAUGAAUGUUUCGUCCGCACGCACGUCCUAUGUGUGGUUGGUUUUAAUACACUUUCGGAAUAAUUUUGUAAAAUUCUCCACCCCAGAGCUUAUUUUAAUAUUUUUUCGGAGAGUUGAACAAACAGAAUAUAAAUAUUUACAACUUGGUUUCCAACCCUUUAAACUUUAUUGCUUAUAUAUUUUUGUUAUGUUAAGUUUAUGAAUAUAAUGAUAAUAUGAAAAUAAUUUUGUUUCGUUGGUAAAAUAUUAUUUUUUGUAAAAAUUAAAAAGUUAUGCCGAGACAGGAAGUCUGCUGAAUCUUGAAAACCUUGAAAUAUGAAAACUACUAAAAAAAAAUUUUUUAGUUUUAAAUUAUUUCCUCGUUGCAUAAAAUAUAGUAGACAUCCCAAUAAAAAACACCGAAAAUUUGGCGAAAAAAUUUAAAAUUUAAAAAAAUUUAUCUUUUGUUCCCGUCGCGUUUAUUAUGUCUGCAUAUAUCUCUUUUGCUUUAUUUCUCACUAUCGGUACAUUUUAACGAUUUGACCAACAUUGAGAUAAUACACGUAAUUAAUUUUUCGUCACUGUAUAUUUUUAUAAUAAAACAAAUUAUUAAUAUCGAACCCAGGAAUAACUACUGUAUAAGAAACCAUGAAUGCAAGAAUUCCUGGGUACGAAAUUGACAAGCGCAUUUGUUGCACUACAGUAGAUACUUCCCGAUAUCUUUUCAUAUACGUAUCUCGUUUUGGUGUCAGCCUCGUUCUAAUGUCAGCUGCACCUUUACGGUAAAAGCGAAGACAUCGGGAAAAUGAUAAUUGCUAAUUAUUGAUUUAGUAUUUUAAAAUGUGGUUCAUUCUAAUUGAUAUAUACUCGCCACUAUGUUACAUUUCCUGUAAAAUGGACACGAAAAUGUAAAAUGGACACGUGAAUACUUUUACUUCUCUAACGAUUUGGUAGCCGAGGGAAUGUCUAUAUUUAAAUUUUCAGGCUUAAAUUUUUGAGGAGAUCGUUUUUCUUGUAAACAACAAUAUGCAUUCUCUCGUGUCUAUUUCAGGCGAUGUGAUCUGAAUUUUUUGUAGCGUUAAAGAUGAUAAGAAAACCCUUUUUAUUAA